UUGAAAUUCAAACCAUUACAUACAUUAUUACAAGUAGGAAAGACAACAAAAUAUUAUAGUUUUAUUAAUUGGAUAUCAUUUUUUAUUUUAGGCUUCAACAUGCGCACCUACAAAAGAACAAGUAAUAGAUGCCAGACUUCCCAAGACGUUGUUUUAACAGCAGUAAAGAAAGUUAAACUCGAAGGGAAGUCCAUCAGAAGCGUAGCAAAGGAUUUUGGAAUUCCAUUUCGCUCUUUGGCUCGAUAUUGUAGCAAAGUAACUGAAGAAAAACUUAUUGCUCCACAAGAUACCCCACCUCUUACAAUUGGCUACAAGAAACUGAGACAGGUUUUUACAAACGAACAAGAGAAUGAGUUUGCUGAUUAUUUGAAGAAAGCAGCUGAUAUUUAUUAUGGAUUGUCACCAAAGGAAGUCAGGAAAUUCGCAUUUGAAUAUGCAGUGAGACUUAAGGUAAGGUUUCCUUCUUCUUGGGCUGACUGUGAAAUGGCAGGUGCGGAUUGGUUUUCUGCAUUUUUAAAACGGCAUCCUACACUUUCUAUAAGAACACCUGAAGCGACCAGUCUUUCAAGGGCUACGUGUUUCAAUCGCACUAAUGUGAAAGCAUUUUUCGACAAUUUGAAAGACGUUAUGAAUAGAUUGAAAAUUGGGCCUGGAGAUGUGUGGAACAUGGACGAGACUGGUAUCACUACAGUGCAAAGACCAGACAGAGUAGUUGCACGGAAAGGUUUUAAGCAAGUAGGUAAAAUUACUUCUGCCGAAAGAGGAACUCUAGUUACUGUAGCUGUUGCAGUAUCUGCGACAGGAAAUCAUGUGCCACCAUAUUUUGUUUUCCCUCGCGUCAAUUUUCGUGAAUAUUUUCUGAAAGGAGCGCCUACAGGUAGUUCUGGAGAUGCAAAUGCUACCGGCUGGAUGAAGGAAGCAAAUUUCGUCAAAUUUGCACAUCACUUCGUAACAAAUGUUAAGUGUUCCAAAGAAAACCCAUGUCUGUUGCUACUUGACAAUCACGACUCACAUCUUUCAAUUGAAGCAUUGGACUACCUUAAAGAUAAGGGGGUCACUGUCCUUUCUUUCCCUCCACACUGCAGCCAUAAACUGCAACCAUUAGACCGGAGUGUAUUUGGCCCUUUAAAGAAAUUUGUGAACAGUGCCUGUGAUUCUUGGCUGGUGAACCAUCCUGGGAAAACAAUGACUAUUUAUGACAUACCUGAAGUUGUAAAUGCUGCUUUUUCUAGUGCGGUUACGCCGAGAAAUAUUUUAUCUGGUUUCAGAGUAAGUGGGGUAUCACCUUUCAACCCUGAUGUCUUUAAUGAUACAGAUUAUCUUGGUUGUUACGUAACAGACCGCCCAGCACCUGACGAAAAUGAUGUUGACAGUGGAGAAUUGCCUAAUUCAGACAACACUGUUCAAUGUAGACCAAAUGAACCUGUAAUCAUGGAAGCAGGCCCUUCAAAUAUGCUGAUUGUACAACAAACUGAGGAAGAAGCUGAUCAGGAAACGUCAAUGGACGUAACGAGCAGGGGCUUACACGAAAUCGCAUCACAAGAUAAGGAAAUUGUAGUUGAUUCUACGUGCAACAUAAGCCCAGAAAUGGUGAGACCAUUUCCCAAAGCUGGUCCAAGGAAAAAUAACCGGGUAAAUAAUAGGAAAAGGAAGAGUGAAGUGUUGACAGAUACUCCAAUAAGAAAUGAAUUAGCUAAAAAGAAAUCAGAUAUUGAUAAGAAGAAAGGAGCUAAGAAAAACUUGUUUGGAAGUUCGAAAGAUACAGUUCAGAAUCCACGCAAGUCUAAGGUGAAAAUGUUAUGCAAGAAAAAGAAAAACAUAUGUGUCAACACAGCAAACAGCAGAGCCAGUAGGGAGGAUACAUUAUGUCUUCUUUGUUUAGGACCAUAUUCCAAAAGCCGGCCCGGUGAACAGUGGGUGCAGUGCGUCGGUUGCAAAAUGUGGGCCCACGAAGAUUGUUCGGAUAAUAGCGUGCAAUUUUUGUGCCACAACUGUAAGAAAUGUUAGAAGACUUUGGCUCAUGUUGGAUCAACCAGUUAAAAUUUAGUAUAAAUAUUUUCAUGAUCAGAAUUGGCAUUCUAUUAACAUUUUACUGUAUGAUAGGCUAUACAGAGAAAAAUACUGUAGGUAAAAUUGCUAAGAUUUUAAGAUUUUGUAUUAUUAGCAUUAAA